CCCGCCGUGCCCCGCGGCCGGAAGUGGCGCCGGAAGUGGCGCGGGGCGCGCGGAGACGUGGAGGCAGCGGCGGAGGGAGAGGAGCGGCAUCGAGAUGGUGACGGACGUGCAGCUCGCCAUCUUCGCCAACAUGCUGGGCGUGUCGCUCUUCCUGCUCGUCGUGCUCUACCACUACGUGGCCGUUAACAACCCCAAGCGGCAGGAGUGAGGCGGGAGUGAGCGCCGAGCGGCACCGGGCUGCGCCGCACGGAUCCACACCACACCAUGGCAGCUGCGGAGGCCCCCCCUGCCCUCACCUCGUGACACCCCUCACCGUGCUGGCUCUGAGCGGGCUUUGACAGAAACAUGAUACAAGACAAAA